AUACAAGUCUGAACCCUUUUCUGAACUUAUUUAUCUAUAUAUUGCUUCAGGGUCCGAAGAUCAUUAUGAGAAAAGACACAUAUCACAUCGAGGGGAUGGAGAUAGCACUCAAAAGAGGUAUGGCGGGAACCACUGUGAGGCCUAAGACCAAGAUAGUUUGCACGUUGGGACCAUCAAGUCGAUCCGUGGACAUGUUGGAGAAGCUUCUAAAGGCAGGCAUGAACGUGGCUCGCUUCAACUUCUCUCAUGGCUCUCACUCUUACCACCAAGAGACCCUUGAUCAUCUCAGAACAGCCAUGAACAACACAGGCAUCCUCUGUGCCGUUAUGUUGGAUACCAAGGGUCCGGAGAUUCGAACCGGGUUUCUGAAGGAUGGAAAGCCCGUACAGCUGCAAGGAGGGCAAGAGAUCACUGUCACGACCGAUUAUAGCAUAAAAGGGGACGAGAAUAUGAUCAGCAUGAGCUACAAAAAGUUGGCUCAUGAUUUGGAACCGGGAAGUACUGUUUUGUGUGCUGACGGGACUAUUAGUUUCACCGUGUUGGAAUGUGAAAUUGAGAAUGGUACGAUUCGGUGUCGGUGCGAAAACUCUGCAGUCCUGGGUGAGAGGAAGAACGUUAAUCUUCCUGGCGUGGUUGUUGAUCUUCCAACCUUAACAGACAAGGACAAGGAGGACAUUUUGAAGUGGGGGAUUCCUAACAACAUUGACAUUAUCGCUCUCUCUUUUGUUCGCAAAGGUUCGGACCUUCUGGAGGUCAGAAAUCUACUCGGGGAACAUGCUAAAAGAAUCCUUCUCAUGUCCAAGGUUGAAAAUCAAGAAGGGAUUGUCAAUUUCGACGAAAUACUUGGGAAUUCAGAUGCAUUCAUGGUGGCAAGGGGAGACCUGGGGAUGGAAAUUCCAACAGAGAAGAUAUUUCUUGCUCAGAAAGCAAUGAUCCACAAGGCAAACUUACAAGGAAAGCCAGUAGUGACAGCCACUCAGAUGCUAGAGUCCAUGGUCAAGUCUCCCAGGCCUACACGCGCUGAAGCAACUGAUGUUGCCAAUGCAGUUCUAGACGGUACUGACUGCGUGAUGCUCAGUGGCGAAACAGCCGCAGGAGCAUACCCAGAAAUCGCCGUCCAAACCAUGGCUAAAAUCUGUGUAGAAGCAGAGAAUUUCAUCAACUAUGGAGAACUGUUCAAGAGAAAAAUGGAAACCGCCCCAACUCCAAUGAGCCCUCUGGAGAGUAUGGCUUCUGCUGCGGUAAGAACUGCAAAUUGCAUAAACGCAGCUCUGAUAUUAGUUCUGACCAGAGGAGGAACCACAGCUAAGCUAGUAUCCAAGUACAGACCAGGCAUGCCAAUUCUGUCUGCAGUGGUCCCUGAGAUAAUAGCUACAGAUUCUUUUGAAUGGUCUUGCAGUGAUGAAGCACCGGCAAGACAUAGCCUUAUUUACCGUGGGUUGGUGCCUGUUUUGAGUACAGGAUCUGCAGGAGCUUCACAAACUGAAUCAACAGAAGAAACCAUUGAAUUUGCUCUCGAAUAUGCCAAGAGACAUCAUCUGUGCAAGCCUGGAGACUCCGUUGUGGCAUUGCAUCGAGUUGAAUCUGGUACUGUCAUUAAGAUAGUGGAUGUUAACUGAGGGCUUUUCCCUGCGGGAAGUCAGAGAUGGGAUGCCCUUUUUUGUAUGAAAACUGUUUAUUUUCAUUUUUGAAUUAAUCAGGUAAAGCCCUGAUUUUCUUA